AACCCCAUCACGAGACUAACGUGUAUACCUCCAUUUUGUUUCACAUAUAUAACACCAACAUCACCACCUUUCUCUUCUGCUAUAGCUACACCAACAUAUAUUCAAGUUUUAAUCUAAUGGCUGAUCAUCCAGGAUAUGAUGCCACCUCCGACACUCGAAGAAAUGCCACCACCGUGGGUCGGCGUGGCUCCACCAUUAUGGCGGGUGAUCAGUGUCAAUCGGCUUCUAAUGAGUCAACAACUCAGCAAGUUUCAGUGGCAGCAGCAGCUCCAUGUGGUGCAUGCAAAUUCUUGAGAAGAAAAUGCAUAAGUGGGUGCAUUUUUGCACCUCAUUUUGGUUCGGACCAGGGUGCAGCCAGGUUCGCGGCGGUUCAUAAGGUGUUUGGUGCGAGUAAUGUGUCUAAGUUGUUGCUUCACAUUCCGGUUAAUCGGAGACAUGAAGCUGUUGUUACUAUAUCUUAUGAAGCUCAGGCGAGGCUUUCUGAUCCUGUCUAUGGCUGUGUCUCUACCAUACUUGCUUUGCAGCAACAGGUAGCAUCAUUACAAGCAGAGCUAACAAUGGUUCAAACACAACUAAUAAACAGUAGAUUUGCAAUGGCAAAUGUUCUUCAAAACUCACAACAUCAACAGCAGCAGCAGCAUCAACACCAACAGCACCAACAACAAAUUGCAAUGCUUCAACCAGCUUAUUCAAAUAACUCCUCAGUUUCAACUAACCUAAUCAACAUGGCCAGUUUCACUUCCAACUUUGACCUUGUCAAUGACACUGUUCCUUCUCAUAGCUUGGACCCUCUCGGCCACCUUUCACGGCCGCCUCAUGACGACGAAGACGAUGAGGAAGAGAGUCGAAUUCCGAGCAUCUUCGCCGACGAAAUACUUCACCAUAGAUGAAAUUAGCUAGAGCUAGCUCAUUAGGGUUAAUCACCAACAAAAUUUUAUGUUUUUUGCAUGCUUUUAUUUUUAGUAGUAUUAUUAUAUAUCUCAUACUAGAUACAUAUAUAUAUAUACAGAUCAAUAUAUUUAUAUAUAUCAGCCAAAAUUUAGUUUUUCCAUA